AUGGCGUCCCCCAGGAUUGAGGCUGUCAUCAGGGAGCGGUACAGGAUGGGGGAGUGUCCCGUGUGGGAAGAGGAGACCAGGCAGCUGGUGUAUGUGGACAUCAACGCCAGGACUGUGUGCCGGUGGAACCCAACUCUGGGGAGGUGCUCACACACCUGUGUGGCUGAUGACCCCUAUGGGCUCGCACACCUGGGAGGAGACCCUGGUGGCUGUGUGGCUCUGUGCAGAGUAGGCAUCUACAUGGUGGCUUCUGGUACCUGCCUUGGCCUCCUGGACUGGGAGACGGGGCAGGUGGAGUGGGUGGCCUGGCUGGACCAUGACAAGCCCCACAACAGGUCCAAUGAUGGGAAGGUGGACCCCACUGGGAGGUUUGAGGCAGCUGGAUCAGCUGGGCAUCCCAACAGGCUGGACUGGUCCCUGGACCACCGCACUCUCUACCACAUGGACAGCCUGGUCUCCCCUGUGCGGGCCUAUGACUACAACGUGCAGACAGGAGGCCUGGCAAACCCAUGGCUGGUGUGCCAGCUGGAGCCAGAGCAAGGCAUGCCAGAUGGGCUGUGCAUGGACACCACAGGGACACUUUGGGUGGCCUGCAUUGACAGAGGCAGGGUGAUCCGCAUGGACCCCGAGACAGGGUGGGGGGCUGGCUACUCCGACUUGUGCGUGACCUCUGCAGCGGACAGCCUGAGUCCAGAGCAGCUGUUGCGGGAGCUGCAGGGACUGGAGCAGGCUUAG